AUAUCGCGUGCUGCAGAGUCUCAACAUCUUUUUUACAUCAUGGCGAACAAAACUGAAUGCAAUAUUCCAAGUAUGGCCUUCCAAGGCAUUAUAAAGUGGUAUUCACACGUAGGAAGUUAGCACCCACCCCCCUCCUAGAAGAAUGAAAUAUUUUAGGAAAUAUUAAAAAGGGCAGAAUAUUAUAUUUCACUGGAUGAGAAAUGGAGAAACUGUUUUAAGGACAAAGCAGCUCCCUGCAGCUUCCUGCCCCCCACAGCUUUGUCAAUGGGCCAGAGGCAGAAAAUCAUUCUCCUCAUCUUUGUCAAUGGACGAUCAUCUGCAACACAAUAGGACCCAUCUAGCAACAGAAGCUCACCACAUGACACCUGGGAAGAUUACAUCAGCCAGCAAGGCUAGCAAAGACCCGCACCCCCUGGGAGUCUGACAACCAAUCAGGAUACUCUUCCUGUGUCCCAGGAAGUUCAAAGCUCAGAGAAAGCAUAAAGCCAGGGCGCGCUCAGCAUCUCAGCCCUUUUCUGUUCAGGAACUCAAGCCAUGUGAUCCUGACCACCAUUAAACCAUCUUUCCAAGCAGUCUCCAUGUUUCCAGUGUCUUUUUCCCCACUUGGAACUGAACUCAGAUGGACAUUUCUUCCAACAAACACUUCAUAUGUUCUUGAUUCUGUCCCUCUGUUUAUGCAGCCCAGAACUGUGCUGGCUUUUUUGGCAGCUGCUGCACACUGCUGGCUCGUAUCUAAAUGGUUGUCCACUAGGACUCCAAGAUCCCUCUCACAGUUACUACUAUUGAGCAAGGUACCACAUAUACGGCACCUGUGCAUUUUGGAUUUUUUUUGCCUAAAUAUAGAACCUUACCUUUUUCACUGUUGAAUUUCAUUUUGUUAGAUAGCGCCCAAUGUUCAAGUCUGUAAAGAUCCUUUUGUAUCUUCUGGAGUGUUGGCUAUUCCUGCCAGCUUGGUGUCAUCUGCAGAAUUGAUGAGUUCCCCAUCUAUCCCCUUGUCCAAGUCAUUGAUGAAGAUGUUGAAGAGGACUGGGCCUAAAACAGAGCCUUGAGCCCUCAUUAUAAACUGCAAAAAAUGGACAGUGAGGUACAAAGAGAUGGGAGAAUUCUAGAUUUGAUUGAUGAUGCAUGGAGAGAAGAUAAGUUACCAUAUGAAGAUGUGGCAAUACCUUUGAAUGAACUUCCAGAACCAGAACAAGACAAUGGUGGAGCAACAGAAUCAGUAAAAGAACAAGAAAUGAAAUGGACUGAUCUGGCUUUGCAGUAUCUUCAUGAGAAUAUUCCUACAAUUGGAAAUUAAUCUGUAUUAGCAUAAUAACCAGUUUAUUCAGAUGAAUUUCUUGUCAGUUUUGGUUUGCAAUCUUUUGCCGUUAGUCUUGUUUUGCGACAGCUGAUAAUUAAUUGUUUUAAUUAAACAAGAUAUUUUGUAGAUCCCGAGAGAUUUCUUACAUUUUUCCAAGUGCUAAAGAUUUUCCUUGAAAUUUCCAGCAGAGGUCGCAGAAGUACAGCAGUUUCCAUGAGUAUGAAUUGCUGUUUAAUCAACUUGUAAUAUAUUGCAAAAAAUCUAUAUGUUUGCAGUUCUUGAUUUCAAUAAAUUCUUAUUCGUGAUCAAUA